GCAUCAGCUCAAGACGACGCUGUCAACGUUUUCUAUUUACUAUCUUGUCUAGUUGUCAAGGUAAAAAAGACAAAAGUAUUUAUUAUAAUAUUAAUUUAUCCUGCCAAUAAUAAUAGUAAUCAUCAUCAUUCAAGCAUAAUGGAUAUUAUUAAAUUUGAUGCUACAGAAGAGCAAAAAGUUGAAGAUGUUGUUGAUGAUAUGGAUGACCCAAUGCUACCAGAUUUGAUAAAUUCACUCAACAAUGAGUGUUUAAUUAAAAUAUUCAUGAAUCUUUCAAUACUUGAAAGGCUUAAAAUUGAAAAAGUAUGUAAACGAUGGGAAUAUUUAAGUCAAUUAAUUUGGUAUGAUGUUAAAGAACUUGAUACCAAAAGAUUGGCUGACAUUGACAAAGAUUAUUUUAUAUGCCAAACAGAUGUUGCAUUGUUAUUACAACAUUGUGGUAAUCACUUGAUGAAAUUGGUUCUUUCUCCAAUUUGUGAUUCAAAAAUAAUGUCAUACAUCACUGAGUACUGCUUGAAUCUUAUUCAUCUUGAACUUGAUUUAGCUCAUAUAAAUGAGAGUGAUUUUGUUGAAGCAUUUUCAUCACUGAAACGUUUGAAUGUCAUUAAAAUAUUGGAGCAUAAAUUUGAAACAAGAAAUACAUUUGGUAAUCAACCAAAAAUAUUAAACAGUUUACCAGAAGAAAUUAUUGAAAUUCAUAUAUUAUCAAGUGGCAUUGCAAUUCCUUUGUCAGUUCAAUUUCUAUCAAGUCUUGAAAAAUUUAAUCGUCUAAGUUAUCUUACACUUCGACAUUUUGAACUUGAUGAAAUUACAAUGCAAGAAAUAAAUCAAAAAAAUACAUUGGUUAAUUUGGAUCUAACUGGAUGUAGUUUGAGAAAUUCAUUUGAUAUUUCUAAUCUUCGAAGAUUAGAAAGUUUAACAUUAGAAUGGGUUGCUGGUGUUGAUACAGUUUUAACAGCCAGUAUUGCAAUCGGAUGUGGGAAUUUAAAAUAUCUCAACAUGACAAAUUGCUCAACUGUUACAGAGACUGCUCUUCAAGAAAUAGCAAAGCUUGAAAAUUUAGAAAAAUUAAUUAUAAGCAAUGUUUCAAUGGCUCAAGAUGACAUGUUUGAACAAUUUUUUCAACUAAAAUAUUUAGAUUGUUUUGGUUGUUGUGACAUAACUGAUGUUGGCUUGAAAAAAGUUUUGGAAAAAUGCUCAAUGCUUGAGUAUUUAGAUGCUACUGAAACUGGUGCAACUAUUGAAACUAUUAAAACUGCUGCGACAAUGACUAAAUAUCGUCAAAAUGAUAUUAUUUUGGAAAUCACAUUGAGCUCAUCAGUUGUUGAAGAGUACAAUUCAUUAGAGACAAUUGUAACAUCAAACUAUUUGAAAAUUGUAACAAGCAAAGAAGGUAAUAUUGAACCAGGUGAAUAUGGAGAACCUGAUAAUGUUGGUGUCCAGAAAAUCGACUGGUAUCAUGAUGAAGACGAUUUUGAUGAUUGCUGUGAAAUUGAUGACGAUGGUUUCGAAUUGUAUUAACAAAAUCAUCAAUAUUAUAUUUCUUUAAUGUACUUUUAUAUUUGUAUAAGAAAAUAUUUCUUGUUUAUAUCAUUAUUUCUUUUUUUGCGUUAAAAUAAAAAUAUUAAUAGAAGAA